AUGGCUGAAUUACGUGCAGUGAUAACUGCAGCAGUGCUUAUAGCACUUAUUCUUGCUGCUGUCGGUGAAAAUAGCAAACGUUUACAUGUUCGAGAUGAUCAUUCAAAGCCAGUGCCUUGCACAAAUAAUCCGCAAAUGAAUCCCAAUUUACCUCCUUGUCCAGUUGAUUCAGCACAAUCUACAUCACUUGAACGUGCUCAUUGGUGUCGUGCUCCCAAUGGUACUUUUUUUCCUCUUGGUUAUACAUAUAUGCAAUCAGUAUGUUCAAUGUGUCAAUGUACAAUAUCACGUGUUAUUCGUUGUUCAACUCUUCAAUGUUUGCCAGCAUAUUGUAUCGAUGAUACAAUGCCGUAUCGUAAAGAGGGUCAAUGUUGUGCACAAUGUGGAUAUGAAGCUCCAGGAAAUUCGUGUGCAUACAAUGGCAUAUCUUUUCCACAUGGUUCCGUCAUGAAAUCUGUAGAAAAUAAAAUGCAAUGCUGGUGUCAAUGGGGUUCUAUUGAAUGUCGUGAUUAUGUUGGUUCACUUUUCCAAGCUGUGGAUUUUUGGAGUGAUAAAUCAGCAAUUUAUAUUAUUGUUGUCGUAUUAUGUAUUGUUUUAAUUUUUGGUAUAUUGAUUUGUUGUAGUUGUACACUUUUAUAUUAUUAUUAUUAUCAACGUUAUCAACAAUCAAUGCAGCAAGAAUAUAAUCAGUAUAUAAAUUCAGCUGGAUGGCAACCAAUGAGCGAAGAAGAUCAAAAUGCAGCUGAUUUGACUGCAGAGGAAAAACGUGCUGAAGCAGAACAAUAUCAAGCUUCAAAUCCUAAUGAUUUUGUUCCUCCACCGUAUGCUGCAUAUCAUAAUUCAUUUGUGUCUGCAGAUGAGGAAAAACAAAACUAA